AUGGGCAAACUUUCCAAACUGACAAAACGGCAUGAGCGUACGAUAUUGAAAAAGAAAAGAUGUAUAAAAAUGUUUCGAACAUUUCAGCGAGUCCAACAAUCGAGACACCUCGUGACGAUUACUACCAAGGACUCGCAAACGACGCCUUCUUGAGACACCACGUAGUCAAGCGUUCUGCCAACGGUAAUUCUUGAUAUUAUCAAUUUUCGUCACCAUUUUCUGCUGAACAUACUCGAAUUUCAAUCAUUUUUCCUAUUACAACACUAAAAAUGCUUGGACACUGAUUUUGGCCUGUAUGACACUUCCGAAAGUGAGAGUAUUGCGAAGUGAUCGAAAUUCCUCUACAAAUGACUUUUUUUAUCGAUAUUCAAUACAGAAAAAACGAAAAAGUCCUUUGUAUUCAGGCGAUAACGUCAACGACUUCAUGAACAGAAUGGAGAUUUUCGCUCGCAUCUCGAACGGAGCCGCUCUGGAAGUUGAUUUGGCCGAGGGAACGAUGAAAGCGGAAGAGGUGGUCGCCGAACUGCUCCACAUGGGAUCUCUCAGCACGACGGAAAUUGUCAACAUUGAUGUCGGAACACUGAACACCGCCAUGGAUGCACUCGAAGACCUUCCCGGCAAGUUUGACAAUUCGGAAGCGAUUAAGGACGGCGAGGAGUUGCUCUUGGCGAUGGAACGUGUUAAGGAGGCAUUGUCGAAACUCACUGAUGCCAAUAACCUUCCCGGCAAGAAAAAGUUCUUGGAUGCGUUGAAGGCGGCUCAGAAAGUGAAUGAUACCGAUAUUGUAACACCCGUGAAAAAAUUAAUCGUUUCCGUGAACGCAUUCAAAGAUGUCAUCAACAAGCACGAAACAUGGACGAGUGACACUGAUCCGAACGAAGCUGCUUCAGAUAACGCCUUACUCAAUGUCUUGCUGACAUCUAUGAAUAAAUUUGAAACGGAACAAGCAAAAUUUCCGAAAGAUCUCAACAAGUUCAAAGGAAUCGAAGAUCUCGGAAGCGGGCCGAAUGUCUUGAAGCCCAUCAAGGAUGAGAAUGAACUUCACAAAGCGUAUAACGAUCUCUCUGACAAAGUGAAGGAUGUCAAUCAAGUCAUUCAGAACUUCAAAGUGUUCGAAGACGUCGCCGGAAGUUUCAAAAAAGCCCAAGUCCCGUUGAAAAGCAUUCAGACCUUGGUUCACAAUCGUCUCGACUCCCGCUCGAAUCCGAAAAAGUUCACUCCCGGAUUUCCGAAUGGAAUCAACGACCUGGAUGAGUUGUCUCGCGAUACCGACAAUAAGUGGCUCCAGUCAAACAUUGCGGGAAAAGAAAAAACGACGACAAACAUUGACAGCACGUUCCUGAUUAUGGAGGACUUCAAAAAAGACCUGAGAAAUGUGGAGAAUGCGUGGCGUGUGACCACGGACACCGCGACUACGGUGGUCAUUGAUCAGACGAUCUCGGCUCAGUUGGCGAUCGUCAGGCUAUCCGACAACGGCAAGAGUGUUAUUGCAAUCGCGACGGAACUCCUGAAGUGCCACGCCGAUAAACCAGAUUUGGCGGGUUUUGUAAAAUUUUCGGGUUUGCUCGACGCAGUUCUUGAUUUCAACAAAAUGGUGGACAAUCUCUCGCAGAUUGAACAUAUCGAACCGAUAAAGAACCUGGAUGUUUUGAAGAACGCGAUCACGUUUCCGGAUGGAUUGAACAAUGCGCAAAAAGAAGAAAAGACGAGAGAGAUAGUGGGAAAGUUGAAGAAGAUGCCUGAAGUCAAUGGAAUUAUUGAGAGUCUGAACAGUCUGAGUGAUCAGUUGACAGGCUUCACAAAGUCCGUCACUAAUAUUCCAGUGAAGGCGACAGAACUUCUUGCCGAGUUCUCAAACGUUGACAAUUAUCUCGCGAAAAUGAGUGCUGAAUACAGAAAUUUCAACGGAUGCUUGAACAAGGCGAUCGGCGCAGAUGGUGCCAAAGUCAGUGGUGUAAUUCGAGAGAUUCAAAAAAUCCGGGACGACAAGGCGGAUUCAAUGAUUUCGAGAGCGUUGAUGAUUGUGGAGGAUAUCAAAAGUUCGGCAGACGGUUUGAAAGUGGUCCUGGAGACUGCGCGACAAUUUACGAAGCAUAAAAAUUACGUGGCACAGCUGAAGACCAGUUUUCCGAACGCAUUGGAUGCAGCUCGUGGUUUGGGAAUGAUCGUGGAGGAGAUGUCGAGAAUCAAGAACUUCCGAGAUAACCGCAAACGGUUGAAUGCGCUGAUGACCAUAAAUCCUGACGUCAUUCAGAAGGCGGCGAGCGACAAUCAGAGCGGUCUCAAGACGCACUACGACGAGCUGCUCAAAUUCAAAAAAUUGCAAAAUGACCUCAAAAGUGUUUACGUCGAAAUCGACAAAGUCAUCGGUUCGGUCGACAAUCUUCCGGAUGUCGCAUUUUCGAAGAGUGGCAUGUACAAGGCUGUUUUCGACAAUGCGGCCGCGAUUCAAUUUGCAGCAACUCCGGCAACUUUAAAAGAAGCAGUACGAGCUGUGAUUCGUCUCGAUCGGAAUCUAAAUGGAAAGUUCUUCCCGCUGAUCAAAUCUCUGGAGACUCUGGAGACGAUGAACUCGGACUUCGACAGCUUCCAAUCAACAACGGCGGUCGACUCCUUGUCAAAAAUCGAUAAAUUCUUCAACGAGUUCGCCAAGCAUUCCGUCCAACCGCCUGCUUCCACAAUCGGCGGUACACCACCGCGUUUGAAGGAUACGCUGAUGGCCGCCGUCCCAACUACUGAGGGAACUAACUUCUUUAGUAGGUAUGGUUCCCAAAUCAAAACUGAUCUCUAAUAAGUGAAAUUAUUUUUCAGCAACUAUCUAAUCCCCUCCGUUUUGGUGUCCUUUCUUCUCGGACUGGCAGCAGCUCUUUUCUGCGGUUCGAACAUUUGUCUAUUUUAUAGAAUAUUCAGUAAUGGAAAUAUCUGAAACAUUUUCAGUAAUUUUCGAUGCAUGUUUACAUCAAAAGUUACAACUUUUUUGCAAAGUUUUUGAUAAUUCAAAGUACUGUAACAUUAGAAAGUUGUAUUGCUAACUCGUUUGGCUUGCAAACACUCCGCUGCACAAAGUACUUUACAUUUUUCAGUCGAACGGGUCAGCAAUAGAAGAACCGACAUUAGACUUUAGAAUUUUUAGAAACAUUAGAAACCUUCUCUCUUCCAGCCUAUUUAAUCCAGCGCCAUCGAUGGAUAGGAGCCGAGACACAGGAAAUUGGCUGUCAAACAGAUUGGUGUUCGCCCGGUCAUCACCCAGCGGAUUGCUCGAAGCAAAGCCGGGUCUCAAUGGCCUCUCCGGCGCAAUCAAAAGCUGCGCAAGUCAAACGGUCCCGUCGUUGUUCAAGGUUAUUUUAUUAGAAGUUUAAAAACGCUCUCCUCUAUCGGUUUCAAUUGACAAAUGCUUUGAAAGCUUCCAAUUACAGCUUCCAAUUUCAGAAGUGCCGAAGUUGGGGUGAUUGAUCGGACUCAUGUGAUUUUCAAUCGAGAAUUUCUACCUUCGAAUGCUCAGCCGUUUUACCACGCGAACAUGGUCGAAUUUGGAGUCGAGCCGAAUAUUCAAAAGUACAUCAUUUGUCAGUCGCCGCAAGAGGACAGUACCGUACGGUUCCGAAAGACUUGCAAUGUGCCGCAAUUUUGGGCAUUGCAAUAUCAGAACGAGACGAGAGUCAUUAUCGACGCUUCUUUGCGAAAUGAUAGUAUGUCACAUUGAGUUCAUUCUCAAAACCAAUGUACCCGAACUGCGAAACGCAAGCUGAUAUUGUCGCGUUCAAGCAGUUCGGGUACAUUAUUUGUUCCUUAUCGUACUGACUUGUUUUGCAGGAGAUUGUGCACGAUACCUGCCGGAAAAAGGGACACCGUUCACCGCCGGAAUUUUAAAUGUUGCGCUCGAUGAUCAAAAAAUGUUGGUUUACUACGGGCAGGCAUUCUUAAAGACCGUCGUGCGUCUCAGAAUCCAGUAAGACUCAUUUCAGAUGUAAAUAUUUCAAAGUACUGUUUCAGAAACCGAGAGGAAUCUCGCGAGAUUAUUGUGAUAAGACCGCAGAAAAAGGUGACUCGCGUUGACUCGAAAAUCGCGGCCAUUGGAUUAUGUGCUCACAUGGUUAUCCAAUGGGUAGGUCGCAGCGAACGAUCGAUUGUCGGUCCGUGGUAUUCAUGAUUUGGUUUUUCAGCUGACGAAGGAAAAAUAUCUCUCAAUGUACUACUACGAACUGAAAUAUUGGAUCCAGCAAUUACUUAGUGGACAAUACCAGAAUGAGGAGUCGUCUCGCGCAGAGCUCAAGGCAGAUAACCAAGCAUGUUUGAAAACAGCUUGGGAAUGUUACGUGGACAGCUUGCGAAAGAGACACAGAAAAAGUUAUGUUCGCUUCUACAAAUUGAAUAUGCCUGCUAAUAUGCAGACCUUAAUCGGACUGGAUAAAUACUAGUGAAAAUUGACUGAUGUCUCUUGUUAAUUGAAUAAAUGUUUUGAGUGGAAUAUUUUAUGGUUUUGUCAACUGAUCGGUCUUGUUUUAAUCCAAGUCUAAGAUACCUGCAAAGUUUGAGUCCGAUUGGAACAUUGGAACACGGUCAAAGAUUCAGGACGGAAAGGCGGAGAAGGAGAGAGAAAUCGCCGAGUUGUCGGAGACGGAGCUCGACGAAUUGGAGUUUGAACACGUGUGUUUUUUUUUACUGGAAAUGCGGUGAAGCGAAGAAAGUGAACAAGUGUUUGCAUUCUUGAGAUCUCAAACAAACAAAUUGUUCGGGCUAUCAAGUCGUGAAAGCUAAGAAUUUGUGAAAAAUUGAAUUUUGCAGGAGCACCUCACUCUCGCCGCCGGUUUUCAACAGGUUCUCACGCUGAUCGCUCAAGUUCUCUCGCUGUUCUUCUUCAAUACAUUCUAGUAAGUUUUUCACAUAUUCGACGUUCUUUUUCUUCGACGUAUUUUGUGUGUUCGAACAGCAAAAAUGAUCGAGAAUUGACUGAAAAUCGAUUUAAAAAAUCGCAUAUUUAUAUAAGACUCUUGUGUUUUAUAUAUACGAAAAAUAGAGCUAAAAUUUAAAUCUUUUCGUUUCCAGUCCAUUAUUCACUACUCAGCACGAUGUCGACACGAACUACAUGCUUCACGGAUCGCUUACUUACAUUUGGGUACUUUUUUAUUGGAUAAAUAGUCACGUUUGUAUUUUUCAAUUUUCAGCUCUAUUUUAUGCUCUCGGUUGUCAUCUUGUGUCCCGCUGAUUGGUCUCGCAAAAAGCACAUGCUGUUGCUCGGACUUGUUGUAAGUUUUCAAAAAAAGUUUCGCGUCGAGACGCAAACAAUGUUUUUUUUCUGCAGAUUUCAUGCGUCAUCCUAUCUGGAGUCGUUGUGCCGAUCGUCGCGAAAAUUAUGGGCUGUAAGUUUUCAAGCAGGCUUUUUACAAAAGAAAUGAGUAAUUCAGAUGACACACUGAUUCUGAUCAUUCUCUGCGAGGCCACCGCCUUGGUUUACAUCUAUCCGACGGUUAUUGUGGCGUUAAUGCUGUUAGUGUUUUUCUAAUAAUUCGAUAAAAACGAAAAAAGUGUUUUUUUGCAGCUGGAAACCGGGCCGUCACCCGUUUUGGCGCCUUUUCGCCAUAUACCACCGUGUCGGAUUGGCCGACGAGGACGGAAACAUAACGGAAGCGGGAAGGAAGUGGGAAGCCGAAGGAUGCGGAUUCUUGGAGACGCUUCCGGAAGGCACUCCGGACAGUCUGAUCGGCAGCCCGUCAGCCACCAAAAAAACGGCCACGACCACCGGCAAUACGACCGCCUCGACGAUGCGUUCGAGCGGCGGCACCGAGGAAAUCGAUGCACUCGUUUGA